AUGGACGAGUCCGUCAUCAGCCUCGACUACCGAGGUCGCGUCGCCGUCAUCACCAUCAACAACGAUGCCAAGCUGAACGCCCUUGAUCAGACGCAGUACUACGACCUCGGUCGCAAAUUGCACGAAGUCGCCACCCACGACGAGGUCUACGUCACCGUCCUCUUGGCCAAGGGGCGGUACUUUUCCGCUGGUGCCGACAUCUCCAUCGCCCGCGCCGCACCGGACAACGACGUCGACGCUCACCGCCACUGGCUCUCAACCUUUGCCGCAUUCAACCUCCACCUUACCCACGCCUUCGCCACCCACCCCAAGGUCCUCGUCGUCGGCCUCAACGGCCCCGUCAUCGGCCUCUCGGCCGCCGUCAUCGCCUUCGCCGACUUCAUCUAUGCCGUCCCCCACACCUUCCUCCUCACUCCCUUUUCCUCCAUCGGCCUCGUUGCAGAGGGUGGCGCCUCUCGCGCCCUCGUCCAGCGUCUCGGUCUCGCCAAGGCAAACGAGGCUCUCCUCAUGAGCAGGCGCCUCGAUGCCCGAACCCUCGAGCGUGCCGGGUUCGUCAACGAAAUCUUUGACUUUGCCCAGGGCCAGGAUGCUGCCUUCCGGGAGAGGGUCCUUCGCGAGGUCCACGAUCGGCUGGGCGACCACCUCAACGGCGAGAGCUUGAUCGGCAUCAAGAAGCUCAUCCGCGGCCCCGACCUUGACGUCAUCCACUCGCAGAAUGCCAAGGAGGUCUUUGCUGGCCUAGACCGCUUCGCCAAGGGCAUACCGCAGGAGGAGUUUCGCAAACUGGCCAGCGGCGAGAAGAGGCACAAGUUAUAG